AUGUCCACGUGUCUACCCAUGCAUUCUCAUGCUGUAAGCCGCGAGAGAAGCACAUCAGAGUCUUCCCUACCACGAGGCGAUCCCCACCACGGCCGCCUCACUGACAAACACAUUCAUUCCCUUCGGACCAUCGCUUCGACGUGGCGGUUGAGUGUGCUUAAAGGUGAAGUCGUCAUUGGCUCUUGUACAUCUACGACGAUGUCCUCAACAUCGUUCAUAGCCUACUUCACUGGGCUUUUUGCCGACACUCUUGAUAGCAUUCCCAGGAUUGUCGUUUCUGACUCAGCCACAAGACUGCUUGGCUAUGUCUUGAUGAGCUUCGGCUGCGGCUUUGACGAGGUUCUGUGUGAAGGCAAGGUCGAAAUGCAUCACGCCAAGGCGUCUUUCUCACGUGACUCCUCGACGCGCAUCGGAACUCCACUUCCUGCCGACCAUCACACAAUAUCAGGUAAAACAUCUCAGCGUCGUUCUCUCGAGAUCUGGCUGCAUCAAUGGACUGGGAGUUGUGAGCAGCCCGGGCCGGAACCUCUGUUCCCGAUACCAGGGAGCCUCUACAACUUCACGAAAAGUCCGUACUAUGGCACACGGAUUCCACAAAAGGUCGUAAACAGAACUAUCGGACGCUUGCCACGCGGCAGUGGUGAACAGAAAGGACUUGCCCUUCUCUUCUCUCCUGAGAAUCGACAAAAACCCACCAGGAUGUCUCUCAUGUCACUUCCAAUCUUCUUUCCUCCACUGCUCUUGGCCAGGUCACACGAUCCUGAUCCAACAGCUCCAGAGCACCCACAACCGCCUUUGCCUCCAAAGCCGCUCAUUGAACGUCUCGACUCGCAGCCUGACCCAAACUGGCCGCCGAAGCCUAAGCCUUCAUUGAAUCGGCAAGCCUCACAACCGAAUCCUAAUUGGCCACCAAAACCAAAGCUCUCAUUGACUCCGCAAAGUCCAAUUCUUCCAAGUCCAGAUCCUGUUGGUCCACCACCAGACGGAGACUUCCCACAAUGCUUGUCAUGGCGUAUGCUGAAGGAUGAUACUAUGGCCAUUUCUAGGCAAUUGAUCUGA